AUGGAGAAUGCAUCUGUGGUGACGUCAUUCAUAUUGAUGGCAUACGCUGAACUGGAAGACCACAGAUAUGUAUACUUUACAGGUUUCCUGUUAUUGUUCAUCCUCAUGGUAUUGACAAAUAUAAUUCUUAUUAUAGUAAUUUACAUUGAAACAGGUCUCCAUGAACCCAUGUACUUUUUACUUUGUAACUUAGCAGUGAAUGGAAUUUAUGGCACAAUAUCUUUAUUGCCAUCAGUACUUGGUAAUUUAAUGUCUCAUACUUAUGAAAUAUCUCUCACUGCCUGUCUUUUACAGAUCUUUUGUAUACACACAUAUGCUGCAGUUGAAUUUACUACUUUAGCAGUAAUGGGCUAUGACCGGUAUGCUGCUAUUUGUCGCCCAUUACACUAUCACCAAUUAAUGUCUCAUAGAAAAGUGUGCAUACUUAUUGCAUUGUCUUGGUUUUAUCCUUGUAUUGUUUUUGGACUCUAUUUCAUACUGACUGCACAGCGGACAUUUUGUGACAGGAUCAUAGAAAAGGCAUAUUGUCCUAAUUUUGCAGUAGUCAAACUGUCUUGUUUGGAAACUUCUUUUCAAAGCAAAAUGGGCUUACUUGUAACUUUUUUUUUAAUAGUCCCAUACCUGCUCAUGAUACUAUUUUCCUAUGCGCAAAUACUCAGAGUAUGCCUGUAUGCUUCUAAGGAAUCUCAGACCAAAGCCAUUCAAACAUGUACCCCACACUUACUGACUGUGAUUAACUAUGCAGUAGGAUGCUUUUUUGAAAUUAUUUCAAGUCGUUUCAACAUGAGUCAUGUCCCUCCCAAAGCUCGAAUAUUCCUAUCCCUUUACUUUCUGAUAUUUCCACCAUUGUUUAAUCCUGUCAUUUAUGGAAUUAGCAUUCAAGCCAUCAGGGUUCAAAUUUUCAAACUUUUCACCCAGCAGGCUGCUCUAGUUAGGCAGGAGCAGGGGCUGCAGCCGUUGCAUGCGCAGCAGGUUGCUACUGCCGAGCAGCAGACUAUGGUUUUCCAGCUCCAGGACGAGAUCUUGGCCAGGUUAGAAAUGACACGGGUGUUUGAUCACAACGUCACCGGCAAAGAGGCGGCGGCUGAGACUGACAUAGGGUCCGAAUUGGACGAGGAGGAGGCUAGGGGGUUCCCUAGUCCUAAGGUUAGAACACCAGACGAGGAGGAGCAGGAGGGGAAUCUGGAGUGGGACUCAGUCUGUGACUGGAAUCACCCUAUUGACGAGGGUGAGGGCAGUGACGUCACAGACUGUGACACAGAGAGCCUUUUCCAAACCUCAGUCAGUGGGGGUGAGGACCGGAUGGUGGGAGCUAUUGCGUUCCCGCUGCCAUCUAAUGUGCCAAGGGCCUAUAGCGAGAUGGCUGAAGUUUUCAGCAAACAACGGGCGAGCACGUUACCUCCGCACCGGUUGUACGACUGUGCGAUCGACUUACAUCCGGGUACAGUCCCACCCAGGGUGCGCUCUAUUCGCUGUCUGUGCCAGAAGGCAGGGCCAUGA